GCGAAGGCCCGCGGUUCCUCCUCCCAAGUGCCGGAGACGGGAGCACCUGCCAGGAUUUGGGCUUGACGCGGAGUGAGGCACAGCACAGGACAGCCUGGACCGGCGCGCCGCGACCACGCGAGGCCCCCGCCCCCGCCCGCUGCGAGCCCCAGCCCUGCCCCGAGAGCCGAGGCCUGCGGAUCGCGGAGUCCGCGCCGUCUUCUUGGUCUUCGUGACCACCAUGCCUCUCUACGAGGGCCUAGGCAGCGGCGGCGAGAAAACGGCCGUCGUGAUCGACCUGGGAGAGGCCUUCACCAAAUGUGGAUUUGCUGGAGAAACUGGUCCAAGAUGUAUAAUUCCUAGCGUGAUAAAAAGAGCUGGCGUGCCUAAGCCAAUCAAAGUUGUUCAGUAUAAUAUAAAUACAGAAGAGUUAUAUUCCUACCUAAAGGAAUUCAUCCACAUACUGUAUUUCAGGCAUCUGUUGGUGAAUCCCAGAGAUCGUCGAGUUGUAAUUAUCGAGUCAGUAUUAUGUCCUUCUCACUUCAGAGAGACCCUCACUCGUGUUCUUUUCAAGUAUUUUGAGGUUCCAUCUGUCUUGCUUGCUCCAAGUCAUCUAAUGGCACUUCUGACACUUGGAAUUAACUCUGCCAUGGUCCUGGAUUGUGGCUAUAGGGAAAGCCUGGUGUUACCUAUAUAUGAAGGAAUCCCAGUACUGAAUUGUUGGGGAGCCCUACCCCUUGGAGGAAAAGCUCUUCACAGGGAGUUGGAAACUCAACUGUUGGAACAAUGUACUGUUGACACGGGUGCUGCUAAAGAACAGAGUCUUCCCUCUGUGAUGGGUUCGGUUCCAGAAGGUGUCUUAGAGGACAUUAAAGUACGCACUUGCUUUGUAAGUGACCUGAAGCGUGGACUGAAAAUCCAAGCUGCAAAAUUUAAUAUUGAUGGGAAUAGUGAGCGUCCCCCACCACCCCCAAAUGUUGACUAUCCAUUAGAUGGAGAGAAGAUUUUACAUGUCCUUGGAUCAAUCAGAGAUUCAGUUGUGGAAAUUCUUUUUGAACAAGAUAAUGAAGAGAAAUCAGUUGCCACGUUAAUAUUGGAUUCUCUUCUGCAGUGCCCAAUAGACACCAAGAAGCAACUAGCAGAGAAUUUGGUGGUCAUAGGGGGCACAUCUAUGUUACCAGGAUUUCUCCACAGAUUGCUUGCAGAAAUAAGAUAUUUGGUAGAAAAACCAAAAUAUCAAAAAGCACUUGGGACCAAGACAUUCCGAAUUCACACUCCGCCUGCAAAGGCUAAUUGUGUAGCCUGGUUGGGAGGAGCUAUUUUUGGAGCAUUGCAAGAUAUACUUGGGAGCCGUUCAGUUUCAAAGGAAUAUUAUAAUCAGACGGGCCGUAUACCUGAUUGGUGUUCUCUCAAUAACCCGCCUUUGGAAAUGAUGUUUGAUGUUGGGAAAGCUCAACCACCUUUGAUGAAGAGAGCAUUUUCCACUGAGAAAUAAAAGUUUGAUUAAAAUUCAACUUUGCUUCAUUUCAAAUAUUUAAUCGAUUACAAGCAAAUUGUACAAAGUAUGUAGGAUGCUUUAUUAUAGAUGACUUUAGUGAAAGUGAAAGCAUUAACUGUAUGUACUCUGUUAAUUUUUAGUUUGACUUUGUUUCUGUUGUGAACUAGUAAAAUGGUAGCUGAUGCUGUUGUCUUUCUAUCAAUAAAAUAUAGGUAAGCAGUUUAAUUUUGGAAGUUUGUUACACAGUUCAGUUUUCAAAAAGAAUAAUAGCAUUCCUCCACAGUUCACUAAUCUGUCCUAGGCAUUGAACACCUCAUUCACUUUAUUAUUUUCAGAAGUUAUUUUCAGCUAAUGAAUGAAAAGUGUUAAUCAUUAUCAGUUAUUUCAAAGAGUAACAUGGGUCUGUUUUUAAAAAUCUUCUGAUACUCAUGUGUCCAUAUUAUAAUAGUGUGACUUUUCCAGGAAUAUAUUUGAUUCUUUGGACUGAGAAUGUUUGCUAGCAGGGUCAAGCGUUCGAACACAAAGUAUGGAAAUGUUCACUUUUUAACUUUCAGUUUCUUUUAUGAACAGUUCUACAUUUCUAAGAUAUUUCAUUUUUAUGUAAAAUGCAACUGCUUUGUAAACAUGUGUUCACAAUAUCAUUAAUCUUUGCUUUUGGGCUUUAUAUCUUCUCAGGGCAGAGGUUCUUUGAAAAAUAUACUCAACCAUUGUUUAACUUUUA